GAGUAGUAAAUAAAUGGAUAAAAACCAAAUUAGGAGAGGGAGGAGGGGUGGAGUGGACUGUGGAGGCCAAUUUUGGGGUUUAUAUAUAUAUUCCCAAAAAAUUAAACUAUUUGUUUCCUCCACGUUUUCCCUCGCACAAAGGUAGAAAAAUUGAACCCUAGAAAGCAUGGAUAUACAGUGAGUUCUAAGGGCAGUGUUCCAAUCCACCACCCGUGCAAUCAGAACUUACAGCUCAAUUGCCAAGGUACUUACGGACUUUACUGAAAUGUCUAAAUCAGUGGACGAGGUAAUAAUGAUUCCGCCCAAGAAGAGAGCAAGGCGUGAUGAUAAUGAAGAUAGUCUGAGUGACUUACCUGAUUGUGUUCUCCUUCACAUUUUGUCAUUUUUGAAUUCCAAACAUGCCGUUCAAACUUGCAUUUUGUCAACGAGAUGGAAGCAUCUUUGGAAACGUAUUCCAACCCUUAUAUUGCAUUCCUCAACAUUUUCCACUGUGAAGCUUUUUGCCACAUUCGUGACUCGGAUUUUGACUCUUCGUGAUAGCUCAACGGCACUGCAUGCUCUGGACUUUCAGCGCAGGGGCAUUAUUGAGACUAAGCUCCUCACAAUGAUUUUAAACCAUGUUUGUUCCCAUAAUACCCACAUCCAGCGAUUAGAAAUCGAUGUCACUGCUGAUGUUUGUCCCAUUCUGAGCUGCGUUUCUAAAUGUCGGGCUCUUACAUCUCUUAAGCUUUCAGUUUGUCCAAAAUCUUAUACAAAAACGUUAUUUCCAAAAUCUUUGAAUUUGCCUUUAUUGACCAGCUUAGACCUAGCAUAUUUCACCUUUUGCGGCGGUGAAAACGACUGUGCUGAGCCCUUCUCCGCCUUUACCAAGUUGAAUAGUUUGGUCAUUCGUGGUUGUAAGGUAAAGGAUGCUCAAAUCCUCAGCAUAUCAAGUGAGACACUUGUCGAUUUAACUAUGCAUAGAUUUUCAUCCAAAUUUUCCCAAAUCAAGCUAUCUACUCCAAGCCUUUUUACCUUUACUUUUACUGGUAUACCUGUUCAGAAAAUAUGUGGGAACGGACUUUCUUCUGUUAGACAAGUAAAUAUUGAUGCACCAGAUUAUGCAACUUCGGUGGAGUAUGCUUUGGUUCUAUUAACCUGGCUUCAAGACCUUGUCAGUGUAGAAUCAUUGAUAGUCACUUCAACUACUCUUCAGGUUCUCUCUUUAGUUCCUGAUCUGUUUGAGGUUAAGCUCCCUUCUUUGUGUAACUUGAAGUCACUGGAAGUAGAACUGAUACCACUUUAUUCUGGAUUUUUAUUAUUUUAUAUGGAAGAGGUCAUGUUAAAGAAAGCGGCUGCCAAGUCACGCAAAGAAGCUGCUAAGUUAAGAAAGGCAUUUAAAGCAGGUUUGAAACCACCUCCCGUACCUGAUGGAAUAGUUGGCUUCUUGCUACAAAACUCACCAGCAUCAAAAGUUAACAUCACAACAGGUUGCCCGAGUUCGUUUAAUCUUAAGCAGGUUGAAGAAUCUGUAAAGGGCGUGAAGAACAUCAACUAUUGUUCUAAAUUUGCCGCGCCUGCCUCCUCUGCCGUCCCUGCCUCUGCUGCUGAGUCUGCUUCUGCCGUCGCACCUGCCUCUGCUGCAAAGAUGGCAACUAAUGUUGACAACAGUGAUUCAAUGCUUUGGCCUGACUUGGUAACUAAAGCUUUCAUUGACAUUAUGGUUGAUGAAGUUACAAAAGGAAAUAUGCCAAAUGGUGUGUUUCUUACAGGAACAUGGACCUCAAUGACUACUAGGUUGAAUUCCAUAACUAAGCGCUCCUAUAAGAAGGAACAACUCCAGGAAAAAAUGCAUGGGCUACGAGCCAUGUUUCACGAGUUCUAUUCACUUUUGCAAAACACUGGAUUUCAGUGGAAUGCAGAAACCAACACUGUUACUGCUAGUGAAGAGGUCUGGCAAAAUUAUCUUAAGACACAUGAUAAAGCAUCUCAGUUUCAAAAGAAAGGGUGCGACCAUUAUAAGUUGUUGGAAAUCAUAUUCAACAAAAAUAAUGAAACUGACGUACUUCAUUAUUCAUCUAUCCAAGACCAACCUAAUAGCAUAGUAAAUGAGCUCAAUAAUCAAUACUUGAACACUGAAAGUGCGAAUAAUGCACGUGUUGAUAAUGAUAGUUCAGACAAUGAUAUACAAGUGGAGCAGAUCAUUCAUAGUGGGAAGCAAAAAAUUCAAGUAAAAGAUCUUACAUCCAUGAAAGAGUCUACAUCACAUCAGGUGGGAGAUGCCCUUGUAGCACAGGCCAAGAUUGUGGAGGCUAGUUCUUCACAUUUAACAGUAGAUUGUUCUCUUACUAAGUGUGUGGUUGCUCUUGAAGAGAUAAGAGACAUUUCAGAUGACAUAUUUGGGAAAGCCCUUGAAAAGUUUAAGGAUCCUGAUUGGAGGGAAAUGUUUAUCGCCAUGUCUAAUGAUAGGAGACGUGGAUGGCUAUUUAGACUUUAAAGAUAAAACUUGCAUAUGUGGCGAUAGUGAUGAGACACAUUUGAUAUUUUGCUAAUGGUAUACAUGGUUAUAUUCUUCUCUUA